UGAAGGAGGAGGAGGAGGCGGUGCAUCAAAGCAUGUGUUGCCAUUUUGGGUAAGUAAGUUACUUGCUUUCCGCGUUGCCAAUGCCACCGCUCGCGUCGCGGGUCUGCUUCAGCCACUCUGCUUCAGCCACCUCCUCCAGUCAUGUCGGCGAACUUGAAGGACAGCCUGCUCGACUUCUUUGAAGGCAAGAUAGACUUCGAGGGGCAGAAAUUCGUCGAGGACAUCACCAAGUUCACCUUGAUCGCAGCGGCGGUGUUCGCGUUCAUAGUUGGAGCUCUCUUCCAGUCUCUGCGCGUCACCCUCGGUAUCUUCGGGGUCGCUUCGAUUGUCCUCUGCCUGGUUGUCUUCCCUCCAUGGCCCAUGUACAAUCGACACCCUGUACAAUGGCUCCCAACGAAAGAGUCGAAACCUUCGUCAUAAUGCAUGAUAUCGGUUCGCCUUGUCCGGUCUAGAUGUGUGCGGUGUAGGUUGUAGGUCGCGUUGCGUGCCCGAUAGCUGGGACUAUACCCAAGAGAAAACGAGUGCAUCGCGGUACGGUUUUUGACUUCCUGGUGUCUUCCUCGAUGUCCCGCCCCCGUUGGACUGCCUGCAUGUCGAUGCAUGCGCUGGCUACACGCUCUGGGAGCACCUCAUCAGCAUCGCCUAUCCGCUCAUUGGCGGGAUGCAGAGGUGCAGUCACCUUUGCAACACUGUGCGUAUAUUCUGGAAGGCGAUUUGUACACUCCUUCGGCCUUCUUCGCCAUCCGUGAUCCUGGUGACACCGCCACAGUCGUUCAUGCAGGUGUCUGACAUCGGUUCCUGCACAACAACGGC